AUGCCUUCCAAACCAAAUCUUAUAUUCCUGACACUCCUGGCCAGCAGCAACGUGCUGGCCAAUCAAUGUUUCUCCGCGAACAGCGACGCCCCAAAGGAGAAUUUCCUGAAAUGCUGCUCCGUCACGUCCGGCGGCAAGGGAGUUGUUGCUGGAUAUGACUUUGACUACAUGUGCAACAAGUACCCCAGCGCUUAUGAACCAGGCCAAAGAGGGUUUAAAACAGCACAGGCGUGUGCCGAGUAUUGUGCUACAGAUCCCCAAUGCAAGGCCAGUGUAUGGAGAGCUUCGAGUAAGCUGUGUGCGAAAGUUACUGCGACAUCCUAUGAGGCCGUUAGCGGUGAUGGAUGGCUCCUUGUCGAGAAGAGUGAGAAAUCCGAUAAGCUGUCGGACGAUUGCCAAGGGAAAAUCGAUUCUGCCAUCAAAGGAUACAAGGAGAAAGAAGCGAAGUGCCAGAAGGAGAAUGGUGCCUGUGGUGAGAAGAUCGCCAGGUACGAGACGGAGAAAUUGCGAAGCGAGAAGAACCUGGACGAGUGCCAGUCUAGCAAGGAUGCCCUGUUGCAAGAAAACAGGAACUCCCUUGAGAAGACCAUGCAGUGUGAGUCCAAAAAGACAGUAUUAGAGAGCCAGUUGGACCAGUGUCAGAAGGACCAGGCCGCAGAGACCACCAAGUGCAAGGAGAAAUUUCAACAGUGCGAAGCCGAGAAGGCAUUCGCUGCCCACCAGUGCGAAAAGGAUCGACGGGAAGCGGAGGAUAAAUGCACGGAAGAAAAAGGAGCCCUAGAGGAGCGCAUCAAGACUCAGAAAUGCACAGGAAAGUGCCAGGUUGGGCAUACGACAGCGUCUACUGUUGAUCGAAUUUUGUCCUCCCCAAAGAGGGAGGCUUUUAUCUCCGAUUUGAAAGCGUUGACUGUUUUUGUCCUUGAUGACUAUGACCUGGAAAAAAGUAAGGAAGAGGUGAGAAAAUUCACUUCUCGGUAUGAACUGGACUUCAAGCUUUGGGGUCACGAUAGCAGGUAUAUCACUGGUUUGUCGCAGGCGGAGGGCCGAGCGGCUUGGGAAGAUAAAUCGGCUCCACUUCUGGACAGAGCUCGAGGAUGGGAGUCUGAGCUUGCGAAUCACCUCAAUGGCAAAUGGUGGAUGACUUGGUAUGAUGUGGCUCGAUUUUUGGGUGAUCUGUUGGAAUAUGUUGAAUGA